AACGCAAUCAACAAUCAAUUCACUUUUCCUCCCAUCCGCCGCUCCAGCGAUCGUGGAUGUGAGCGCCCAAAGUCAAAACACUGUCGCUCCUUCUAUUUCUCUCGAGUCGCGCCCGGCGCAAAGUCAAUCAGUCUGGAUUCAAGAUGGCAACCGAAAUGCUGAUUUUGUCUUCCUCCCCGCCGAGACAAUUCGCAUCCUUCAGCCUAUCUUCCUCCCCUCUACCGUCGAUGGAGGAAAUAGUGCAAAAACGUUCACAAGUUCUGCGGACUGGAAGUCGGGCUGCACCAAUUCCACAAAAUGCCUCGGCAUCAUAUACGACCGCAGCAUCGCUUCUUAAGUCGACUGCUAGUCUUGAUGUCAUUAAUUCGUGCGCAUUGGAGGAAGAUACUCCAGAGACGAAGCCUGCGAAAGUUUCCAAACCACGGAAAGUCCCCAUAAAGAAGGAAGAGGACGAAUCGAAAUCUACGAAGAAACCUGGAAAGGCUGUUAAGGUGGAAGCAGAACUCGAUAAUGCUGUGGUGGAGAAGAAGAAGAGCAAGCCAAGAACUAAGAAGGUCGUUGACAAUCCAUCUGAACCUCUGGAAAAGAAAUCUGCAGCUCCAAAACCUCGCAGGAAGAAGGCAGACAAGGAAGCUGGAGAGACGGAUAUACCCAAAGAGAAGCCAGUACGGAAACCAAGAGUUAAAAAGGUAGACGGAGAGUCACAACCGAAGUUGUCAACAGGGAAGGUCACCAAGACCUCGAAGCCCACGAAAACAAAAUCGGAUAGUGCGUCAAAUUCCCAUAAGGUCAAAUCAGAGUCUCAGGAACUGGCCCUGCAGAAAGCCCUCAAGAGACGUGUUGGAUGGACCCCGCCUGUACCAACAAGUAAGACUAUCGGAGUUACUACGUCUGAGAAUAUUCUGAGCUCUGGAGGACUUGGUUCGGGAGAAAAGCGCUCUGGAUUCGCAGAUUUGUUCGGGAGUUUUGGUUUCACCAAGCUCGAGAAUAGCAGCGAUCCUAUACCUGUAGGCACAGACAUUACACGAAAGAGGAAACUGGUUGAUUUGGUAAAAACAAACGUCACAACGGCAGCAGCUGAAUCACCCAUAUCAAAGGAAAAGGCUCCCAAGAAGAAGGCAAGGACCUUAACAGAUCAAGCUACGUCUGCUUAUACCGAAGAGGAAGAAUUACCAGCUCAGCCAGCUCCUCUAUUACAAUACUUCUCCUUACAACCCUCUGAACGAUCAACCAGUGACGGAUUCAAGGUUCCUCCCAAGCCACGGUCUAAGAGUCCUGUGAAAGGUUCGUCUAAAGUGAAGAAAGGCUCUGCUGAAGCCCCAAUUCUUUUGUCACCGGAGUCGGCUAUGAAGCAGGUUGGCAAACAAGAUUUCGUAUUUGGGACCUCAAGUCAACUUGCAAGAGGGGACUCACCAACUCUUCUUCGCGAUUUGCACGCUGCCAUGCAAGCCUCGAACGAAGAAGACGAUUCAUUUCCCGAUUCAGUCUUCGACUCCUCACCGCCGGUCUCGAGAAGGACGACCGGCCUCACUACAAAACGGAAUCUUUGGUCGGCAGCCUCUCGAGAUGAUUCCGGCGAACUUCUAGAUGUGCCUAUGAUUGAUCUUGUUGAUUCGCCUGCAAUCGACAAUCACAAACCUGCAGUACCCGUUGUUCCUAAAACUCCGGCACAAUUAGAAACCGAUAUAUGGCAUGACAUCGGAACUACCCCAGCUGCAAAACCAGGAGGCGACUCUCCCAAAGUCUUGGGUCCAAUUGAGGCAGCUAUCAGGACUGAGCUUUUGAGUAGCCCAUCCGGCAGUCGUGGCGUCAGAUCACCAAAGGCCCCCAAAGUCGCAAAGGUCGACGAGCCAGUCAAACUCAAGUCUCCAGCUUCGAAACCAAAAUCGCCAGCCAAAGGCAAAAAAGUAAUUGGACCACAGAAGCCAAAUUUUGCGGCAUACACGGAUGUACAAUUGGCAAAGGAGAUUGCUUCCUACCAGUUCAAACCAAUUAAGAAGCGUGAACAAAUGAUCUUAUUAUUGCAAAGAUGUUGGGAAAGCAAGAACCAAGCAGCUCUCAGCAACGUGAGCACGAAUAUUCCUGUCGUCCCUGCUAAGAUUAGCAAAGACGUUGCCCCUCCCUCGACUCAGCCUACAGAGCAGUCCCCGAAGAGAGCCCGAGGUCGGCCACGCAAAGAUAAUACAAUUCAGUACUUGGAGAUGGACAGUAACAUGCCACUCUCCCAGGCCCGAACGCCGAAGAAGGCUGGCAAGAAGGCUGGCAAGAAGGUGACCCAAGAAACCGAUGACAUAUCAGACUCAGACAACCCUGCUACUCCAUCUCCACCCCGUCGUUCUGCGUCUCAGAUGACUCCAUUAAAGUUACGAGCAUCUGAAUCUGACAUGAGCGACAGUCCCGAGCUGUCUCCGGGCGCUGCUGAAGAACGACUUUUCAAGAAUAUAACCAAAGCAGUCACAAGUGCGCCGCGGUCCAAAGAUCCUCUGAAUCCGAACUGGAACGAGAAGAUCCUCUUAUACGAUCCCAUUGUCAUAGAGGACUUGACCAUCUGGUUGAAUACGGGCGCAUUAGGGAAAGUAGGAUGGGAUGGAGAAGUGGAGCCAAAACUUGUUAAAAAGUGGUGCGAAAGCAAGAGUAUAUGUUGCUUAUGGCGAGAAAACCUACGAGGCGGUGCACGGAGCCGCUAUUAAUGAGGAACGACUUUUGCAUACCACAUUGUAUAGCUAAUCAUGUUGAAUACAG